GCGCGGCCACCGGCCCAGGGUCACUGUAGUUACUGGUCCCCGCGGAGGUUUGGGGUCGGGGGGCAGUGCCGACCCGUGGGUUUGCUCGACUGCUAAAGAGGAGCAUGCAGCUGGCCUGGAACAAACUGCGGCUCCCUGCAUUCCAGCCCCAGCUCUGCCAUCAGAUGGCGUGACCUUCACUCAACCAGGCGUUCGGCAGCUUCAUUCAGGCUACGGUUCUUGCCUUGGAAGAGUCUAUGGAAAAGGGAGGUACAGGAGACAGAACAUCCAGACAUGAAAGACCACUGAGAAGGAAGGCACUACCUCCUAGGACGGAGAAAAUGACUGUUGACCAAGACUGGCCUAGUGUUUAUCCUGUUGCAGCACCGUUUAAACCCUCUGCUGUACCUCUUCCCAUUCGAAUGGGUUAUCCAGUAAAAAGGGGGGUCCCCAUGGCAAAAGAGGGAAAUCUAGAACUUUUAAAGAUCCCUAAUUUUCUACAUUUGACUCCUGUAGCAAUUAAAAAGCACUGUGAAGCUCUUAAAGAUUUCUGCACUGAGUGGCCAGCUGCACUGGACAGUGAUGAGAAAUGCGAGAAGCAUUUUCCCAUUGAAAUUGACACAGCUGAUUAUGUUUCAGCAGGACCAUCUAUUCGAAACCCCAAAGCACGAGUAGUAACCUUAAGGGUUAAACUUUCUAGUUUGAAUUUAGAUGAUCAUGCAAAGAAGAAACUUAUUAAACUUGUGGGAGAGCGAUACUGCAAGACAACAGAUGUGCUUACCAUCACAACAGACAGAUGCCCUUUAAAGAGACAGAAUUAUGAUUAUGCAAUGUAUCUGCUAACAGUUUUAUACCAUGAGUCUUGGAAAACUGAAGAAUGGGAGAAAGAUAAGACUGAAGCAGACAUGGAAGAGUAUAUAUGGGAAAAUAGCUCCUCUGAAAAAAAUAUCCUACAAACACUUCUCCAAAUGAAAGCUGCUGAGAAAAAUCUGGAAGUAAAUAAAGAAGAGCUCCUUGGUACAAAGGAAGUCGAAGAUUACAAAAAGUCUGUUGUUAGCCUUAAGAACAAGGGGGACAAUGAAAAUACACUUUCUCAGUACAAAGAAUCAGUGAAGAAACUAUUAAAUCUAAUGUGAUUUAUGUAGAAAAAUCUACUUGAUGUAUUAAUUUUAUGAUAUAUCUGUGAUCAUUAUCUCAUUUGAUAUAAAUUUGAAAAUGCUAAAAAAAAACGACAUCAGAUUUUUUUAUUUCAGACGUUGAAUUUAGUGAUUCAUCAGUUACGUAAAAGACCCAGUGCUAUUACAUCAAGUGCCCUCCUUAAUGCCCAUCACCUGUUACCCCAUCCCCCCACCCUACAGCAAUCCUCAGUUUAUUUCCUAGAAUUCAGCGUCUCUUAUGGUUUGCCACGCCUCAAUUUUCACCUUAUUUUAGUUUUCCUUUCCUUCCCCAAUGUUCAUCUGUUUUGUUUCUUAAAUUCCACAUGAGUGAAAUCAUAUGGAUUUGUCUUUUUCCAACUGACUUAUUUCACUUAGCGUAAUAUCCUCUAGUUCCCAUCUAUGUUGUUGCAAAUGGUAAGAUUUCCUUCUUUUUGAUGGCUGAGUAAUAUUUAUAUAUGUGUGUGUGUGUGUGUGUGUGUGUAUAUUACAUACAUGUGCUAUAUAUAUAUAUCACAUCUUUUUUAUUCAUUCAUCUGUCAGUGGAUUUCUGGGCUCCUUCUGAAUUUUGACAAUUGUGGACAUUGCUGCUGUAAACAUUGUGGUGCAUGUGCCCAUUUGAAUCACCAUUUUUAUACCCUUUGGAUAUACCUAGUAAUGCAAUUGCUGGAUCAUAGGAUAGCUCUAUUUGUAACUUUUUUGAGGAACCUCCAUACUGUUUUCCAGAGUGGUUGCACCAGUUUGCAUUCCCACCAGCAGUGUAAGAGUGUUUCCCUUUCUUUGCAUCCUUACCGACAUCUAUUGUUUCCUGAGUUGUUAACUUAGCCAUUCUGCUAAGGCAGAAUGAGGUAAUAUCUCAUUGUGGUUUUGAUUUGUAUUUUCCUGAUGCUAAGUGAUGUUGAACAUUUUUUUAAUGUAUCUGUUGGCCAUUUGUAUGUCUUUGGAGAAGUGUGUAUUCAUUUUUUUCUGCCCAUUUCUUGACUGGAUUUUUUUUGGGGGGUGGGGGGAGUAUUGAGUUUGAUAAGUUCUUUACAGAUUUUGGAUACUAGCCUUUAUCUGAUAACACAUUUGCAAAUAUCUUCUCUCCCUCUGUAGGUUGCCUUUUAGUUUUGUCUACUAUUUCCUUUGCUGUGCAAAAGCUUUUUAUCUUGAUGAAGUCCUAAUAGUUCAUUUUUACUUUUGUUUCUUUUUACUUUGGAGAUUUGUCUAGCAAAAGAUUGUUGUGGCUGAAGUCAGAGAGGUUUCUGACUGUAUUUUCUAGGAUUUUGAUGGAUUCUUGUCUCACAUUUAGAUCUUUCAUCCAUUUUGACUUUAUUUUUUGUGUAUGAUAUAAGUGGUCAUUUCAUUCUUUGCAUGUCGCUGUCCACUUUUCCCAACACUAUUUUUGAAGAGAUUGCCUUUUUUCCAGUGGAUAUUCUUUCCUGCUUUGUUGAAGAUUAGUUGCUCAUAGAGUUGAGGGUCCAUUUUUGUGUUCUCUAUUCUGUUCCAUUGGUCUGUGUGUCUGUUUUUUGUGCCAGUACCAUACAUACCGUACUGAUGCUUACAGCUUUGUAAUAGAGUUUGAAGUCUGGAAUUGUGAUGCCUCCAGCUUUGGUUUUCUUUUUCGAGAUUGCUUUGGGUAUUCGGGGUCAUUUCUGGUUCUAUGCAAAUUUUAGGAUUGUUUGUUCCACAUCUAUGAAAAAUGUUGAUGGUAUUUUGAUAGGGAUGCAUUGAAUGUAUAGAUUGCUUUGGGUAGUAUAGACAUUUUAACAGUAUUUGUUCUUCAAUCCAUGAGUAUGGAAUGUUUUUCCAUUUCUUUGUCUUCCUCAUUUCUUUUAUAAGUGUUUAAUCGUUUUCAGAGUACAAAUCCUUUACCUCUUUGGUUAGGUUUAUUCCUAGGUAUCUUAUGGUUCUGGGUGCAAUUGUAAAUGGGAUGGAUUCCUUGAUUUCUCUUUCUUCGGCCUCAUUGUGUAUAGAAAUGCAACUGAUUUUUGUGCAUUGAUUUUAUGUCCUGCCACUUUGCUGAAUUCCUGUAUGAGAUUAGCAGUUUUGGGAUGGAGUCUUUUGGGUUUCCCACCUAGAGAAUCAUGUUAUCUGCAAAGAAUGAGAAUUUCACUUUUUUGCUGAUUUGGAUGCCUUUUAUUUCUUUUUGUUGUCUGAUUGCUGAGGCCAGGACUUCUAAUACUAUGUUGAACAGUAGUGGUGAGAGUGGACAUCCCUAUCAUGUUCCUGACCUUAGAGGAAAAGCUCUGUUUUUCCCUUUUGAGGAUUAUAUUUGCUGUCAGUUUCUUGCAAAUGGCUUUUAUGAUAUUGAGGUAUGUUCCUCCUGUUCCUACACAACAGAGAGUUUUUAUCAAUGCUUUAUUUUGUCAAAUGCUUUUUCUACACCUAUUGAGAAUGUCAUAUGGUUCUUAUCCUUUCUUUUAUUAAUGUGUAUCACAUUGGUUGAUUUGUGGAUGUUGAACCACCCUUCCAGCCCAGGAAUAAAUCCUACUUGGUCGUGGUGAAUACUCCUUUUUAAUAUACCAUUGGAUCCUAUUAGCUAGUGUUUUAGUGAGACUUUUUGCAUUCAUGUUCGUCAGGGAUACUGGUCUGUAAUUCUCCUUUUUGGUGGGGGCUUUGUCUGGUUUUGGGAUCAAGGUCAUGCUAGCCUCUAAUGAGUUUGGAAGUGUUCCACCAUCUGUUUCUAAUUUUUGAAACAGCUUCAGAAGAAUAGGUAUUAAUUCUUCUUCAAAUGCUUGGUAGAAUUCUGCUGGGAGGCCAUUUUGCCCUCUACUCUUGUUUGUUGGGAGAUUUUUGAUUAUUGCUUCAAUUUCUUUGCUGGUUUGUGUUCAGGUUUUGUAUUUGUUCCUGUUUCAGUUUUGGUUUUUAAUAUGUUUCUAGGAAUGCAUCUAUUUCUUCCAGAUUACUUACUUUGUUGGUAUAUAAUUGCUCAUAAUAUUCUCUUAUAAUUGUUUGUAUUUCUUUGGUGUUGGUUGUAAUCUCUCCUCUUUCAUUCAUGAUUUUAUGUGGGUCUUUUUGUUAAAUCUAAGGGUUUAUUGAUCUUAUUAAUUCUUUCAGAGAACCAGCUCCUAGUUUCGUUGAUGUGUUAUACUCUUCUUUUGGUUUCUAUUUCAUUGUUUUCUAAUCUUGAUUCACUUCUGCUGAGUUUAGACUUUUAUUUUUGGUUGUUUUUCCAGCUCCUUUAGGUAUAAGGCUAGGUUGUGUAUUAUAGACUUUUCUUAUUUCUUGAGAAAGGCUUUUAUUGCUUAUAUACACUUUCCUCUUAGAAGCGACUUUGCUGCAUCCCAAAGGUUCUGAACUGUCAUGUUUUCAUUUUCAUUUGUUUCUAUGUAUUUUUUAAAUUCUUUAAUUUCCUGGUUGAUCCAUUAUUUCUUUAGUAGAAUGCUCUUUUUUUUCCAUGUAUUUGUUUUUUCAAAAUUUUCUCUUGUGAUUGAGUUCAAGUUUUAAAGCAUUGUGAUCUGAAAAUAUGCUUGAUACGAUCUCAGUCUUUCUGUACUGAUUGAGACCUGAUUUUGACCCACUAUGUAAUCUAUUCUGGAGAAUGUACCAUGUGCACUCGAGAAGAAUGUGUAAUGGCCUAUUUUAUACUGAGAUGUUGAAUGUCUCCUAUAAUUUAUUGAAUACUGUACUGAAAGUGAAAGACAGAAUGGUUGUAUGGGUAUGAA